CUCCGCAGAUGCCUUGCAGAGGGCAAAGAGACUCUGGGGCACCUUGAACCUUUCUUUAAUGGGAACAAAAUCCAAAAUAAUUCUCUAAUCUAGUACUGUUCUCGAGAAGGUAGAAACAUGAAGAAUGGCUGGCAGUAUCAAUUUCUCUUGUCUGUGAGUUGCUUUCUGGAGAUUUUGACAUUGGUUACUGUUCAAGGGCAAACAAGAUUUCCAAUAACAUUCAGUUCCAACAUGAGGAUGGACCUCUGCCCAAGAACCAAGAUUGGCCAGGAUGAUCUACCAGGUUAUGACUUAAUUUCACAAUUCCAGCUUGAUAACGCUGCUUCCAGAGGCAUUAUCCAACGUCUAGAGGGUUCCACAUCUUUACAAGUUGCUUAUAAAUUAGGUACCAAAGCAGACUUCAGGAUUCCUACUAGAUCCUUGUAUCCUCAAGGACUACCUGAUCAAUACUCCAUUCUGACUACUUUUCGGAUGACGGGGAAUACAAUUCGGAAAUCCUGGAGCCUAUGGCAAGUUCUAGAUUCCUCUGGAAAAGAGCAAGUUGGACUGAAGCUUAAUGGGCAAGCCAAAUGUCUUGAAUUCUCAUAUAAAGGAAUUGAUGGAAGUCUCCAGACAGUUUCAUUUUUGGAUUUACCUUAUCUUUUUGAUUCCCUGUGGCAUAAAGUUAUGGUCGGUAUAGACAAGAAUUCUGCUACACUUUAUAUUGACUGUGCUAUGAUACAAACAUUACCCAUAAAACCAAGGGGGAAGAUCAAUAUUGAUGGCUUUACCACAUUGGGAAAACUGAAAAAUAAUCCUCAAAUUUCAGUUCCGUUUGAGAUCCAGUGGCUGAUGAUUCAUUGUGAUCCUCGGCGUCCUCAAAGGGAAACAUGCAGUGAACUCACCAUCAGGAGCUCGAUAAGUCAGACAAUCGUAAAGAGAGGCCCUCCGGGUCCAGAAGGCCCCCCUGGCCCCCCAGGCUCCCCAGGUGUUCCUGGCAUUGAUGGCAUAGAUGGAGACAGAGGUGCUAAUGGCCCCCCAGGUCGUCCAGGUCCAGAUGGUGAUGCUGGAAAACCAGGUGUCCCUGGAUUGCCAGGAAUACCAGGAGCUGAUGGAUUGACAGGACCUGAUGGAUCACCAGGUCCAGCUGGUCCAAAAGGACAAAAGGGUGAAGUGGGCUUGCCUGGAGGCCGUGGACUUCCUGGAAAGGGAACUCCUGGACCACCUGGUCCUCCUGGUAUAGGAGGACUUCCUGGAGAAGUGGGAAGAGUUGGGCCACCUGGUGAUCCUGGAAGGAGAGGUCCUGCAGGAGUGCCGGGACCUCCAGGGCCGAGGGGAACAGUUAGCCACCAUGGUGGAGAUCCGCUGUGUCCAAAUACUUGCACACCUGGCCAUCCAGGAUUUGCUGGAAUGAUGGGCAUGAAGGGUCACAAAGGAGCAAAAGGUGAGAGUGGUGAACCAGGAAAGCAAGGCUUUAAGGGAGAAGAAGGUGAACAAGGACGAAUAGGUGACAUUGGAGAUCUGGGGCCUCCAGGACCUCAAGGGUUAAGAGGCUUCAUUGGUAUUAUGGGCCCUAAAGGUGAUAAAGGUGCUCGUGGUUUUGAUGGAGAGCCGGGGCCUCAAGGUCUUCCUGGGGCAGCUGGUGAUCGGGGACCAAGAGGUUCACUGGGAGAGACAGGCCCCGAAGGAGAGAAGGGUCCACAAGGCAUUAGAGGAAUUACUGGACUUCCUGGGCCCAAAGGAGAAACUGGCUUACCUGGAGUUAAUGGCCGUGAAGGCAUACCUGCCAUGCCAGGAGCAAAGGGUGAACAAGGAAAACCUGGACCUCCAGGUGAUACAGGCAUUCAAGGAAUCCCCGGCUUAGCUGGCUCUGCUGGAGCAAAAGGUGUUGCUGGCCCAAAGGGUGAUGUUGGUUCUCCUGGGAAACCUGGCUUGAUGGGAAAUUCGGGCAAACCCGGAGAACAAGGACCACAAGGAGAACCAGGAUCACUGGGACCCAAAGGACCAUCAGGUAGCAGAGGUGAGCCAGGUCCUGCCGGUCCUCCAGGGUCACCAGGUAAAAUGGGUGCAGAAGGAGACACUGGACUGCCAGGUUUACCUGGGCCUCCGGGACUGCCAGGUGCUAAAGGCCAUAGGGGUUCAGCUGGUGGGCGAGGGCCAAAAGGAGCCCAAGGACCUGCUGGGGGAGAAGGAGAGUCUGGACAAAGAGGCGAUCUUGGUGACGGGGGUGUGCCAGGCCCUAAAGGAUCUGUUGGGAAUCCUGGUGAAGCUGGUUCACGUGGGCCAGAAGGAAACCGUGGCAUGCCUGGCGUAGAAGGACUUCGUGGGCCGCUCGGCCCCCGUGGUUUGCAAGGGGAACAAGGGCUUCCAGGACUGCCUGGCAGCCAGGGACCAGCGGGCAGAGAGCCGACUGAUCUGCAUAUUAAACAGGUUUGCAUGAGAGUAAUACAAGAACAAUUUGCACAGAUGGCUGCUAGUCUUCGGAGGCCUGAAUUUGGGGAUCCUGGCAUCCCAGGCCCACCUGGCCCACCAGGCUCCCCUGGACUUCCGGGACAAAGUGGCUUCCCAGGACAAGCUGGAUCCCGGGGGUCGCCUGGUCUUAAAGGCCCUCCCGGUGACACUGGGCCGAAAGGUCCCAAAGGGGACACAGGUGAAAAGGGGGAGAGAGGACUCCCAGGUCAAGGGCCCAAAGGCUUGCCAGGAACAACAGGACUCCCUGGAGAACCCGGCAAGCCCAGUUAUGGCACUGAUGGGCGAGAUGGUGAGAGAGGCCCGGCUGGAGCCGCUGGAUCCCCUGGUGUUCCAGGUCCUACUGGCCCUCCAGGUCCUCCUGGUUUUUGUGAACCAUCAGCUUGUACCAUGGAAGCUGGAUUACAAGGAGGGCCGAAUGUGAAAGGGCCAUGAAAAAAAUGCAGCAUUGCACUAAAUGACAGGACGUUUUGGAAGCCAUCUUUGAUCUGCAGAUAUCUACCAACUACCGAGAGAAGCAGUCUAGAAAAAUUAGAUUGUAAAAAAUACAGCAAAUCUUAUCAAGGCCUUGACAGAGCUAAAUGUUCUGGUUGUCCCCUUCGUCUGUUUCCUAAAACAAUACAAGACACUUAAAACAUUUCAAAAUGGUGCUUUCAAAGUGAUGCCAAGUGGUUUUCCUUUUUUGAAUUGUGACAAAAGGCAGCUGUUUUUCAGCUGUUAGUUCUUUGGGGGUUCCUAAAGUACUGUCUUAUGAAAUUAGAGUACAUAACAGCCAUCUCUAAUGCAUCAGAACAGUAAGUUAUCCCGAUUGCUUUCCUUUCUCCCUAGGGCCCAUUUUAGUGCUAUAAGUAGCUAACUUAAGUUUCUUUGCAUGUCACUGAGAUUUAGAUGUAGUCACCCUGUUUUUAAAAGUGCUAAUUUCUGAGGAAUAAGGAAUAUAUAUAGUGCUUCAGUGCCAGGUUUAUCAGGAAUAUGUCAGGUGAAAUAAACUUAGUUUUCUGCUCUAUUUGAAACAUCAGGAAGUUAAACCACUGUGAAAGGAUUUUUAAUCUUUGAGAACAGUUAAAAUUUAUAGCUGAGUUUAUUUAUUUAUAAGUACCUUAUCUCUGGUUGUAUACAAAUGAAAUAAAUAACAUUACUUAAUCCUUUAAAUUUUUAUAAAAGGUAAAUGAAAGUAAAACAAAGAGCAUUUUUUAUUUCCCUUUGAAAAAAAUCAAAGUAGUAAAAAACAAAACAAGUACAUAACAUCCUCCAAAAAUUGUAUUUUGAGUAUAGUUUUAUUUUUUCAUGAAACAGACAUCCAUUAUAAUUAUCCCUAUUUUAUGA